CUUGGCACAUGCCCUCCCUCAGGUGCGGUGCGGUGGAAGGUGAGCGGCCAUGGGCGCCGAGAGCAGCGCCGUGCGGAGCUGCACGCCGGAAGAGCCGCUCCUGAGCCUGCCCUUCGGUCUCACCAUGUUCUCGGCGGUGCUCCAGGACGGAAGGGCCGCUUCUGUGUUUGUUCACAAGCGCGGCAAUGAAGAUAAGGUCAAUAAAGCGGCGAAGCACCUGAAGACCCUGAGGCACCCGUGCCUGCUGCGCUUCCUGUCCUGCUCGGUUCAGGAUGGUAGCGUCCACCUGGUGACGGAGCGCGUCAAACCGCUGGAGCAGCUGCUGGACGGGCUCUCCCCUGAAGAGAUCUGCGCCGGAAUCUACGACCUCCUGCAAGCCAUUGUCUUUCUGCACGAGAGA